CGGUGGUCCAGUUGGCCGAUCGGUUAGUCGCUUCGCGAAUUCCGCGAGACCAGUUCCGAUCGAGAUUUCUAUUUUUGUGGUAUCUUGGCCGUCUCGGUCUCUCGUUUGAACCGAAAGCCUACGUGUAUUUCGAUCGUGGAAAAAUCGGCCUACGCAUUCGGUUUCUUAAAUAUCGAGAGGUCGCGUCCAGUCGUCGACAAUUUACGACCAAACAGAAAUGUAACUACGAGUCCUUUGUAGCUCUGAACGCGUACUGUGCGACGAAUACUACGAGAGAUAAAUAAGAAGAGAACGCGACGAUUUUUAUUUCCGCAAUAUCUUCGUCGCCUGGCCGAAGAGCCGAAGAACUUUCGUCGUGAAGAAUCGAAUCCGCUGAAAAUCUGUUCGAUUUUUGAGAUAAAACUUUUUAUACGCAGCGUUGCUCGUUUCUUUCUCCCGCGAGUGCGACGAACAUCGUCGGUGUGAAACUUUGCGCGGAACGUCAUCUCGGAAAUUCCCUCGGAACUUUUCCUCCUUUGCUAAAAAAACGAAGAUCCAAGAUGCGCAACAGGUUCAAAUACUCGCGUCGUACUUCUCUGGAUUUCCCUGCGAAAGGCGACGAACGCGUCGCUAAAGGCGAUCGUAGCCCGCGUGUUGUACAUCGCGAGGGCGUGAAAUCUCAUUCAUAGUUGGUCGCGCGUGCACGUUUCAUGGAAAUUGGAUGGUUUGAACGCGUAAGAUGAGAAUAGAAGGCGGAAGAGGCAGAUUGAAAACGAAAUUUACCGGCAAAGCUGAAAGAGGCGAUCCGGCUGAACCGAUCGAAAUCUGCACGUGCUUCUGUUCGUCCGUAGUCGCAUAAAUGAUUCGCAUCAAUGAACUCAGAACCGUCGGCGUCUACUUCUUACGAGGAUGGAGUACUGGAUGGCGAGCAACGAGACCGGUCACAAUGGCACAGAGGAGACAAUCCAGGAGGUCCUCAGGGAUCCAGGAUCGGCGGUCCUCUUCGUGGGAUAUCCGCCAUGGCUUUUGCACUUCGCCGCUGGAUGUUGCAUACUCUUCAUGGUCAUCGGCAUCCCGGGAAAUUUAUUCACCAUCGUCGCUCUUUUCCGCACCAAAAAGUUAAGAAACGCCACCGCGAUCUUCAUAAUGAACCUCUCACUUUCGGAUCUGAUGUUCUGUUGCUUCAACCUUCCUCUUGCUACGUCAACCUUCUGGCAUAGUUCCUGGCGACACGGCCCGCUUCUAUGUCAACUGUUUCCUUUAUUAAGAUACGGCUUGGUAGCAGUAAGCCUGUUUUCCAUAUUAGCGAUCACGAUCAAUCGUUACGUUAUGAUAGGUCAUCCUAGAUUUUAUCCCAGGAUAUACAAAUCGAGAUACAUAACACCGAUGAUUCUAAGUACGUGGACGAUCGCAUUCGGUGCCCUGGUCGUUACGUGGUUCGGAAACUGGGGUCGCUUUGGACUGGACGUGGCCAUUGGUUCUUGUUCCAUCCUGCCAGACGUAAAUGGUCGAAGUCCGAAGGAGUUCCUGUUCGUCGUUGCCUUCUUGAUUCCCUGUAUCGCGAUCGUCGUUUGCUACGCGAGGAUCUUCUACAUCGUUCGGAAAACCGCUUGCAAAAGUAGAAAUCGCAACGUAAAUGCCAGCACGGACGCUGUGGAAAGCAACCACGAGAGACGAUCCAUAUCACCGAGGAUCCAAGAGGAAGAACUGUCGGUGGUGGGUUCGAGCUGCGCGGCGAGCGUACUCUGCGCCAACUUCUCCUCCAAAUGCACCGUAGCUUCGCCAAACCGGCUCAACUGCUCCAGUACGCCUUCGAGAUCGGCGAUCGAAGAAUCCUUGUCCGAGCAACUUUCAUGGGAACAGAAUUCGGCCGGGUCCGAGGAAGAGGACGACGAGGACGACGACGACGACGACGAGGAAGGCGAGAACGAAGAGGAGAGGACGCGGCAAAGGAGGAAGCGGAAACAAAGAUGCAAGAGGAGGCAGAAAUCGACGAGCCAGAAACUCGUCGACGACCGUGAUAGAGCGAAGCCUAGCUUCGAAAUAAAGAUAGACGAUAUACCGUACGUGGACGAUCUGGACGCGGCUGAGACCGUUCUCGCGAACGACCGAAUUAAGAUCAAAGAAUCCGCCGAGAAAGCUUCCGCGAACGCUCGAAAUAAAUUGGAGAGAAUGACCAGCAGAGCUUCGUUCGUGAUCGAGUCGGCUCUCUGGGUACAGAGAUUCAACCGCAGAGCGUCUAUGGACGGCGACCGGUUGGACAGCUCGAGAUCGAACACGCCGGAUCGAUCGGCCAACAGCAGGAGGAGACCUACGAUCGCUCGCAGAGAGUCGAGAUUUACGGGCGUGCAAAAAUUCCGCAAUUCCGAUGGCCCACCGAGGAUGAGUAACAAGGACAAGAAACUGCUGAAGAUGAUCCUGGUGAUAUUUUCGUCGUUUCUCGUUUGUUACUUGCCGAUCACUGUUACCAAGACUUUCAAGGAUGCGAUCGAUUGGAGAGGCUUGAAUAUCGCCAGUUACAUUCUCAUCUACCUGACUACGUGUAUCAAUCCUGUGGUUUACGUGGUCAUGAGCUCCGAGUAUAGAAGCGCGUACAAAAAUCUGUUGCUCUGUAGGAACGAUUCCGGGGUGAAAAACGGAGCCAGGAGGUCGCCAGGAUGAGGAAGAGGGUUCGCCAGUUUGCUCGUGGGCGUGUACGAGCUGGAUUUUAUGGCUCGUUUCAGAGAUGAACUUGCAUCGUCGAUUGGCCGCGGAUGUUCGUACGCUCGAAUUACGCGAAAUACGAACAUACAGAGAUAAAACGACG